AUGAAUGAAAACUCCGAGAAGAGAGACUUCGUCCGAGUCGUGGAGGACCUCGAGGACCAGCAAAGGCACGACCUAUCUGUGCAUCUUUAUCUGGCAUAUCUCCUACAUCAGGUGAACCCAUACUUUCCACAUACAAGAUGGGCAUCAUGGCCUGUUCGUCUACCUAAAGUAGCUGAUCCUGACCUCCGAGGAGGCUACGAAGAUAUAGCCGUGGACAAUCUGUUCCGUAACUUGCAAGAUGGAAUCGACUGGGCCACCAAAAUUGACAUCAAGAGUGACUCCGUGCAGAGUGCUCCAGAGAGCCCCAAAUCCAAUGAACAAGUUAUUGAUUUCCAAAGAUCAUCGGGACGGUUGGAGUUGACGCAUAAACGGUUGCGGAAAUCGAAUCCCAAAGCUGCUGUGGUCAACGAAAUGUAUGCCGCAUUGCACAGAGUCAUUUACAAGAAGGCUAAUCGACUUGCCAAACAAGGUCAAAGAGUCAAUUUAAAAGAGACAGGAUUCACGAAAAAAAUGGCUCUUCGGUUAGCGAAUAGACUCGGGAAUGUUUUGUCGACGUUAGAAAAUCAAGGAAGACGCAGGGGGUUCUUUCCUAAGACGUGGCAGGAUGUUCUCAUUGCCAAUCUCCAGAUGUCUGGACUUGGCGAAGUCUGUGACAUUGACAGCCACAAACUUGCAUACAUGAAAGCUAAGAAGCUCUUUAUGGACUACAAUCACAAAUAUGAAUACGAUGCAGAUACCUACGGUGAAUUUGAGGGUUCCAACAAGAUUCCAGAGUUUGAUGUGGAGCAUCAUUUGGCAACGAUAGAGAAAGAGGGUAUAGUGAAAUAUUCUGCGAAAAGACCUCCAUUGGAGAGAUUGGAGGCAAUGAGACAAGAACGUGCUACGAAAGAUCAUGUAUUUUGGACCUUGCUUCGAAAUAAAAUGACGGCAAGACAGCUUUCGUGGAAGGAUUGGGAUGUUCUAUCAGAUUUUGAGGUCACGGAAGGAGAAUAUCAAGAAGAAAGACAGAAAGAGUUUACAAAUCACGCUUCGACACUCUCGCCGAACUCGUUUAAGGUGGACGGUGCAUAG